CGGAUAUGGUAUUAAAUUUGUAUUUUAUAAAAACUUAUGAGUUAAUGUUAAAUUUAAAUUUUAUGCGUUUAAUCAAUUUGAAUUAUUUUUAUAAUAAUUAAUUUAACUUAAUCGUCGGGGAAGUCUAAAUUAUUUAAAAAAAUUACUUCAAGAUGCGUUUAAACACAGUGUUGAAUUUUCGAGAUAUGCGCCGAUACACAAAGAAUCCUCUUGAUGUUAUAUUUGAAGAAUUAUUGCCAUUAAAAUUGAAAGAUAAAGUAUCUGGUAAAGGAGAUCGAUCCAAAGAGCGUGCGUGUGUUCAUGAAAUGUCUGUUAUGUUUGCUUGCUUCAAAAAAAAUGAAUUCGAACAAACACAAUGUUCAAAUGAAAUAAACAAGUUUCAAGCGUGUGCAAAUAAACAUUAUGCCGACAAGUAUAAAAGAAAAAAAGAUUUGCAAGAAGGGAAUAUUUCUUUGGGGAAAGAUAAUCUUACCCCUAGAGAAGUCAAUUAUCUAUUGAAAAAAUAUCCAAACCCAUAAAAAUUUCUUUUAGAAUUUCUAUGUGUAGAACUUAUUAUUACCUAGGUAUUUAUAUUUUUUUUAAUUUGAUUCUAAAAAAUUGUAAAAGUAGUUUUCAUUUGUUUGUAUAUUGGUCAUAAAAAGAAAUAAAUUCAAUACAAAUCUACUGUAGUUGUAUUAAUUUAAUUUCCUGCAAAUUUUGAAUUGAAAUUGUAGAGAAAUAAGUCUUACUAUCUUUAUUAAAAUGAUUUCAAAUUUGUUUUUGUUUUUAUUUUACCUAUGUUUAUAACUCAAAAUAUGUAUAUACAAUUAGUCACAAAAUACAAACAUAAUUUUAGAUCAUUAACCUUUGGAUACUAACACUUUACAAUGAAAGUAAGUGUGAAAUUAUUCUGUAUUUAAUGGUACAUAUAAGAUGGGACACCUG